UCACAUAUCAGUGAGCCGCCAGUCUGGCUGAAGUAUGUGCAGCCCUUGGUCGACUUCGAGAGAGCGAAAGGAUGGCUUCGGAUCUGCACGGAACUCCACGGCGACAAUUGCAGUGGGCACAAAGGGUACGUCAUUCAAAACUUCAGACUGAUCGACUGUUCUACCGGCGACGUGGUCGCAGCAAACAAGGAUGAACCGUAUGUUGCGCUGAGCUACGUAUGGGGCGAGGAAGAGGCAUCUGCACAAGAAAUUCAUGCCUACCCAAAGACCAUACGAGAUGCUAUAAUCGCGACAAAGGAGCUUGGAUAUCGAUGGCUAUGGGUGGACAAAUACUGUAUCGACCAAAACGACACCAAUGACCUCCACUACCAGUUUCAACAGAUGGAUAUCAUCUAUCAACAGGCUGCCGUCACCAUCAUAGCAGCUGCAGGAAGAAACUCACACCACGGUCUUCCUGGAGUCAACCGGAGCUUUCGCGCACCGACGUCCUCGGUAGUCCUUGGCGAUGAGCGUAUGUGUGCGAUACCCAAGCCCGAAUUGAAGCCUGAAAACUGCAGAUGGAUAUCAAGAGCAUGGACAUAUCAAGAAGGUCUUUUAUCUACCAGGCGGCUCGUAUUCACCGAUGAGCAAGUGUACUUCGAGUGCCAGGGCUGUUACUGCGCCGAAAUGCUCGAUAUACCUCUGGAAUCCUUCAAAAAGAUGCACGCACCUGACAAGCCAUACCUCCACAAGCGGUACCGUGCGGCCGGGCGCCUGGGUCUUUUCCCUUUGAACGGCUGUGGUAUCGACCCCUGGGACAUCUACAGCCGCAUCAGCGAGUACUCAGAAAGGUCGCUGUCCCAUGAGUCCGACAUCCUCAAUGGAAUCCUUGGAAUAUUCCGGGCAUUCGAACGGAUGCCCAAUUCCAUGCGGCACCUGCACGGCGUGCCGUUUGCGAAAGCCACAGGGUCUCCCAACGGAAGU